AUGUUUGAUUUCGUGCGCAAGAAAAAAGACAAAGUCGAGAAGGCCGACCGUUUUCGGACGGAGACUGACGUCAAGAACGUCCAUCGUAAUGGUUGUUUACGUCCUUCCGAAUACUCGAAGAAAGUCGGAAAGAAAAGGUCUCGGUAUUUUAGCGUACCAUUCGUCAAACACGAGGAUGCGUUGACAGGAAGGCAACCUAAACGAUCGCGAAAGAAACCACAGGAACAUCGAGGGCCUACAUUUGACGUUGACCGUGAUGACGAACGCCGUGAACCUGAUAAGCCGAGAUACGCACGAGCUCGGGAUUCAUCUUGCUCAGCAGCAUCCUCCUACGCGAUCCGCAAUCCAUUCCGGCAGGAUUCGGCAUAUUCGUCCACGCUCGCUAGCCAUGAUUCACUCCCGGACUGCCUAUUGUCGCCGGAAAAUCUGCGAUAUGUUCCCAGUCAUGUUCCUUUCGUCGUCAGUCCACACGGAGAGCAAGCGGAUGUUUUCUUCCCUUUCGAGCACUCCGACUUGGAGAAUGCCUUUCCAGCUCUGACGAACCCUUCUGCCGAAUGGGCUAUGCCAUCGCCUACGCGGGGGAUUGUGGAGAGACGAUCAGAACCAUCGAAUGCUGAAUGGCCACAGGGCGUAGUCCACCCCCUCGAUAGAGCCACGGGUGUUUCGCUGACGCCUGGCCGUGCAUCGGCAGAUUAUCUGCAGGUAAAUAUACCCGGAAGCACGAUGAGUCCAAUUCCAGUACCGUGCCACAGUUUGUGGAGCAGGUUGUAA